AUGGCAGAGACAGGCUUUUGGCUCGAUGCUGCAGCCUUCCAGGCCAUGUGCCGGUCCGCGGAUGUGCCGAGCCAGACCAAGGGAAAUGCUUUUAUGCUGCUGAAUGACAGGCAAAGCGCUGCAGUUGACCGUAGCCGAACUAUUGGCGAUGCAGGGUACGCGCUGUCGUCACAAUGGGUGAGGCGUUUUUGCGCCAUCAAAGCGAACGUGCUAGCGUUCGCCCCUCACGCAGAUGCCGCAUGUGAAGGCGCUUAUCUUUUGGAGGACGUCAACGUGGCUUGUCGUACGGCAAAGGACGCCCUGAUAGCAGGAGCCAUACCGUGUCUACCUGGAUCAGAGGGAGGGCAGUACGUCGUUCACGUGACCAAUAAGAGGGAUCAGAUAUACGGGAAGCAAAUCCGGCCUCUCAUCUUCGCCGUGUCAUCUGCCGAAGCCGCGGAAUCAUGGAAAAAGGCCAUACUGGAAGCAAACUUCCGCGCAUCUCGAGCACAGCUGUCCCGCUUGACUGUGGAGUCGCGGAAGGAGAAAUCCCUUGCACAGAGAGAUCGAGACAAGACAGAAAUAUGUGCCUCCCAGCGAGAAGCAGAACUUGAGAGCAUGGAAGUGACGAAGCAAAAACUGGUUUUAGAAAUCGAACGCCUCCAAGAAAAGGCAAAGCGACUGCAAACUUCUGGAGAGGUCACAGAGAAGGCGGCGGCCGAGUACAUUGACCAGAAGGUGACGGAGAUUUCUGCUUUGCAGUGUCAGCUUGCUAAGGAGUUACAGCAGAAGGCGAUCCUCAGGAAGACGGUGUCGGAGUUACGUGAGCAUGCGAGCGACCAGCAACGCCGGAUCACCGCUCUUGAAGCAGAGAAACGUCGACUUACUACGCAGUACACAGAGCUCCUUAGGGAUAUUGAAGAAGCAAACGACGCCCCAGCCCGCAUUUCUCUCAUCGCGGCUCGCAGCCGUAGCCGAAGCCAACGACUUGCGAUGGAGAACAAGAAACUCAGGGAGGAAAACCGCGCGCUCACUCGGCACUUUUACGAGAUAGAAGACAAAUUCGAACAAAAGCUACAAAUGGUGCGACGAGUUGCAGAAGCUGGAGACAUCUUCAGUUACCUGAGGAAAUGGUUGCUCUGCAGCGAGAACAAGAUAAAGUUCUAUGAAAUGGGACACAAGAUGACAAAAGACGAAGUCAAAGGUCAACGACGGAAGAUACGGGAACUCCAAGAGGAACUCCGCAUUGCAGAAGCGGUUGCACGAUCUUCAUACAUAUCGGUGCGAUCUAUUCUUCUCGACGAACAACUAAAGUCGUAUACAAAACGCGCUGAAGUUCCAGAUGUUUACUCUUUUGUCAAAACGUCCCUGGAAAGAUUUGGGUGGAUUCUUGGCGAGACAGAGAUUGUCCAGCCUGUAGACCGGGCCUACGGCGUCGAGCUCCCUCACUGGCUGCAUGGCACCCCUGACAGCUCGAAAGUGCCUCUGCUGGAGCGAAUUUACCCUUGUGGAGCUCUCGAGGGCGGUUCGCGGUUCUCCCUGGUGCCUGGUGUAGACGUGAUGCAGCCAGUCGAAAGCAUGGUACCCCUCAGCAGAUUCGCUGCGCUUGAGACCUCCAUGCGUCUCCUUGAGCUUGACUUCAAAGAGCUUCAGGAGAACUACGAUGUUGCGAGCGAAAAACUUAUGAAGUACUACGCCAUGGUGCGCGAUCUGCGCGACGGGUGGAAUCAGACUGACCGUUUCGCUGCAGAACGCGAACGGGGUGAGAGCACGGAAGGAGCGGGAAGUCGUGAGGUUUCUCCCUUGGAAGCGCUUCGGAAACCCGGAGCAUUUCUGGCCUCGAUAGUCGGGGUCACGUCGCCAGUGUCGGCGACUGAAAAACCCUAA